GUGAUCCAGAAUCGGUGUUAUCCCCCUCCAAGACUGUUUCCGUUUGAGAUGCUGAUUGUUCGGGCAAAGUUGUUCUUUCCAUAUCACCUGAUUACUCUUCAAAAUGUAGACUGAGAUGAAAACAAUAUAAACGCACUAAGAAGUUAUUUACUAUCGUGUGUUUAUCUCUAAUAAAAUAUACAUAAGAAUGACGCCAUAUUUAAAUAAUUAUAUGUAACUACACUCGAAUGAUACGUAACUUUUAACUUUAUAUUCGUGAGUAUUUUUAUUUGUAACGAUCAAUGAAAAUAAUGUAAUAAGAAAAAGAAGAAAUCAAUUACAAUAUAAAACAUUAAUUAUGUUGCUCCGACUAACAUAUAUUUUUAUUCGCAAUGUUUCUUUUUGAAGCAACAAUCUGAUGACACUCCAGAUGGCGCAUCCUGUCAGUGAUUAUACUUUGGACGCCGUGCCAUGUAAAUAUACGCAUAAGACGCACACUAAGCCUUUGCAAAACAUUGUUACUGGAUCAAACUUCAUAUCUGUAUACAGAUAGGUAGCAAUUGGUUGCACACAAUCUCAUUGUGAAUGCACUUACGCUAUACGUUUGGUUUUCGGUUCUUAUAUAUUAUUCAUUGAUAUUAUGUAUUAUGUUAACCUCGUUGAGAGAUCUCAAAAAAUGACGCACUUAAUUGUAAAGUCCUCCUCAGAUUUAUAUUGGAAUCAGUACCAACUGGCUAGGGUUUCUUGUUAUUAAUGUGAUAAAGCUUAUUUAUCUCUCCCAUUGGUAUGGAGUCAGGUGCUAAAGUUCCUUUGCCAUUAGAACCUAUUAAAUCAAAUCAGGUAGAAGAUAGAAGACUAUGGGUGGGCAACUUAGAUCUUAGGAUUAAUGAGUACCAACUCCUGAAACUCGUCCAAAAACAUGGAACAAUUGAAAAGUUCGACCUGCUAUUUCACCGGUCAGGUCCACAAGCUGGCCAACCAAGAGGUUAUGCAUUUGUUACUUACAAAAAGAUAGAAGAUGCAGAAGCAGCUAAAGACGCUUUGCAUAAUUUAAAAGUAGGUGCUAAAAAUAUAGUAGUAAGAUGGGCUCAUAGUGUCACAGAGCCUGACAUAGAAAAACCAAAGCCAAAAAUAGACAUACCUGCUUUAGCAGGCGCAAAAAAAGAAGAUAAAAAAAUAAGUCGUGAGACAGCUAUCCAGGCAAUAGAAGCAAAGCUAAAAUUAAUGAAAGAAUCAGAAGAAGAAUUUGAAUUAAACAAACCUUUGGAUGGAUCUCCUAUCAUUCAUUUAUAUCAGAGAACAGAAAACCAAAAACCGUCCACAUCUACGCGCCAUCAUAAUCGAGGAAACCAUCAUCACAACAAUAAGCCAUAUAAUCGUUAUAAGCCGAGAAGAUAACUCAAACUGUCUAUAUACAUUUUUCAUAAAUGACACAUUUUGAAUGAUCAUAUGGAGAAAAAUACAGUAUGGAAUCCUUUUCAUCUUAUUAUCGUCAUCUAUAUUUAUAUCAUUUCUAUUUAUAAAAGCAUAGAAAAAGCAUAAAAUUACUGAUUUUUCUCUUGUGUGUGCAUGUGUGUGUGCGUGUAAAUGAUUCCUAUACGGUGCAGACAAAUGUAAAGCACCACAAAUGUAACUAUUUUAAUUCAUUGAUAAUGCUAUGCUUAAUAUGUAUGUACAUGACGUACUUGUAUUUUCAUAAUAUAUUGUAUCGAGUCUUUUGAUAAUAAACAAAAACAUAUAA